AUGGAUUCGAUUGUGAUUGGAUUUUGGGUUGGUCUUGUGGUUUUUGUCAUCUUCAUGUUUUUUGUCCUGACCCUGCUGACGAAGACGGGAGCACCACAUCAAGACAACGCUGAGCCCUCCGAAAAAAGAUUUCGCAUGAAUAGUUUUGUGGCAGAUUUUGGAAGACCCCUGGAGUCAGAGAGGGUCUUUUCUCGGCAAAUAGCUGAAGAAUCCCGCUCCCUUUUCCAUUUCUGCAUUAAUGAGGUGGAACAUCUGGACAAAACAAAACAAAAUCAGAAAGGUCCAGGUCUGGAGACUAAUAUCCACUUCCAGGAAGUUCCUAGGAGCAGUGGGAUGUUUGAGGAGGACCUCAGUUGUCACACCAAAUUUAACAUCCCGAACUUUGUGAACACGGAGCAGAACUCUUCGCUGGGUGAGGACGAUCUCCUCAUCUCCGAGCCACCCAUCAUUUUGGAAAGCAAAUCGGUGGCGCAGUCUUCCCACCGCGUCCUUGACUGAAAAGGCUUUGGUUUGAAGGGAGAUGUUCCCGUUGUUGUGUGGUUUAAGGCCUUUUGUGACCUUCUGGUAUUUUGAUGGAAGCUAUUUCAGACCUCUGCUUUUUAUUGUCCAUAAGACUGGUUGUGCUGACAGAACUUAGAUGGAAAUAAAACACUUGAGUGCA